AUGUCAAAUUUAUCAAAGUUUGAAUUUGUGGCACUUGAUAACACCGGAAACAAUUAUUUAUCAUGGGACCUUGAUGCUGAAAUUCACCUUGAGGCUAAAGGUCUUGGGGAUACUAUUAAACAGGGAAAUAAAUCAUCAAGUCAAGAUAAAAUCAAGGCUAUGAUUUUCCUUCGUCAUCAUCUUGAUGAAGGAUUGAAAAUUGAAUAUUUAACUGUGAAAGAUUCACUUGAAUUGUGGAAUAAUUUGAAGGAUCGAUAUGAACACCUAAAGCUGACGCAACAAUACCGUGAAAAGGGGUUCAAAAAGUAUGCUGGUUUAAUUUCAUGCCUACUUGUGGCUGAGCAAAAUAAUACUCUAUUAAUGAAAAAUCAUGAGUCCCGUCCCACUGAUUCUGCUCCAUUCCCUGAAGUGAAUGCAACAACAGGUUAUGACAAGCCUGAAAGAAGGCAAAAUAAUUACCGUGGUCGUGGCCAUGGUCGUGAACGUGGAUGUGGACGUGAAAGGGGACGUCAUAAUUAUCGUCAGCAUGGUAAGAAUAAACAAGAGACCAAUAAGGGUUCUCAAAAUAAUCCUUCAACAGGUAAAGUUAAUAUGUGCCACCGAUGUGGUAUGAAAGGUCAUUGGGCACGUAUUUGUCGUACGCCUGAUCAUUUUGUCAAGCUUUAUCAGGCCUCUCUCAAAGGGAGAGAAAAUAAUGUGGAGGCACACUUGACCUUUCGUAAUAAUGAUGAUGAAGCAGCUCCCUCAAACAAGCAUGAUGAUAUUAAGGAAAAUCUUGCUUAUAAAGAUGAUGAUUUUAAAAGUCUCUCAAAUAUUACUCAUUUAGAAGCUGGAGACUUCUAUGAUGAUAUUGACUUAAGAACUGAUCAUCUCACUGGGGAAUAG